AAGGCGGCUGUCGGUCACGGUGAGUGACAGGGGCCCGGGCAGCGGAGCGAUGGCGGAGCCUGACGCCGAGCUUGAGCCUGUGUGCCCGGAGUGGGCGGACGAUCAGCGGAUGGCGUUCCUGUUCUCGGCCUUCAAACGGAGCCGGGACGUGAACAGCUCGGACUGGGACACCAAGCUCGCGUUCUGGGGCCCGCUGCUGCUGCAGGAGGCCGCCCGCCGCCAGAGGAUCAGCUUCAAACCGCAGGAGCUCGGCUCCUGGUUCCGCAGGAAAGGAGCUGUCCCCCUGGGACUGGACACUGUACUGCAGGACAUGGCCCGGCGAGGGCUGAUCCAGAAGGAGUCGUGCUUUGCCACGAGUAUUGAUGCUGGCUGGUUGGCGUGGGGUGUGGGCUUGUUUCUGAUUAAGCCUCUGAAGUGGACACUGACCUCUCUGCUGGGAAAUAGCAGCAUUUCCCCUGAUGAUGCCUACGUUAUUGUCGAACGCGUUCAGGAAAAGGCCGCUGAGGUUUAUCAGCUCUGUCAGAGUCACCUGCAGACUUCGCAUUCGGUGGUUUCCUUUGUACAGCUGCAGGAGAUGUGUCAGGCUGUGUGCAGAGAUGAGAAGACCUUCUACCUGUGUCUGUUGCAACUGCAGAGAGAGAAACGGGUCAUGGUGACUGAGAUUGAUGGCGAUAAGAUCGUCAAGUUCAGCCAUUCUCCGACAAACAGAGUUUCAGCAGUGACCGAGAUUGAUGUGGGUGUGUACCAGUUGGUCAAGUGUGAGAAAAUGCUGUCCCAGAAAGUGGACACCCUGUCCCAGGAGGUGGAGAGAUACAACGAGGAUGCAAGGAGUCGCCUAAAAGCUGGCAAAAAGCACUUGGCCCUGAAGUCUCUGAGAACGAGGAGGAGAGCCGAAAAACGGCUGGAGAGCAUCGAAGCCAAACUCAAUACCAUUCAGGUCAUCCUUGAUCGUAUUUACUCCUCGCAGACAGACAAAACGGUCGUGGAGGCCUAUCAGGCUGGGCUCGGAGCCUUGAGAGAGUCCAUGAAGGAUGUGAGUGUGGCGAAGGUAGAGAAGCUGAUGGACCAGAUUGAACAGUUCUGUGAUAUGCAGGAUGACAUUAACCAGACCCUUGCUGGUGAAAAUCUGGAUGCUAUGGAAGCUGUGGAUACCGAUGAACUGGAAGCUGAGUUGAAUGCUCUCCUGGACAGUCCUGCAGACGAGACUGUUCUGCUCCCAGAUGUGCCUGCGCUGCCCGGGACACUCGACGUUAAACCGGCACAGGCCGAGCCUGAGGUGAUGGAAGAGCAACUGGACACUGCGCUCAGUAAGCUCUCACUUUCUGAUCCUGGUCUGCGAGGCAGCGGUGCUGCUACUGCUCCGCCUCAGAGAGGCUCAGCCUUGCUCGAACCUGCCCAGUGAGAGCCUGCACUGAGCGAGUGGUGAGCACCAUCGAAUCUCUCUCCCUCAGCUUGUGGGGGCAAGACAAGGGGAGGUCACCGUCAAGAACACACUGCGCCCUCGAUAUGUUUGGGAUCUGGGAAACAGGUGAUCUUGGAGAAUUCUGUAUCUUGUUUUUUUAACUUUGGGAGGACAGUACGGAGUGAUUUUUUUUUAACUUUUGAAGAAAGUUGGUGGGUAAGAAGCUUCAGUCCUGGCUCCUUCAGGAUGAAGAAUCGCCCUGUCCCGGUGGGACUCUCUGAUAUUUGCCAUCGGAAAGAGCCAGUUGUAACCAGAAGGUGGCAGUUCUGAGCUCCUUUGGAGAGACUCAGUGAGUGUGUGACCCCCGUGAAUGGCAGGCCCAGAAAGAGCCAGUGCUGAGCCGGAAGAUGGGGGAACGUUGUCAGCUCUGAGCGUCAGAGAGCAUUAUCUGGGCAGGACCGAGACUGCACUGAGCGGUAUUUAUGUGGCUUGUUGUUUGUCUUUGUCUUGAGUAGCGUAGACACUGAACCCCGCGGAGAACAUCCCAGGAAGGACCCACUUCCCUCUCCACCCCAUCCUUCUAAACCUGCUGCUUGUCUGAAGUCAUCGUGACACGUGCUCUUGUGAUCGUCUGUUUGCAUUGAAUGUGUUUUGUUCAAGAACUUGACAUUGUACAAUAUUCAUGUAC